AUAUAAAAAUUCGCGCUUCCUCUCGGCUCCAACUUGCUGAGUGCUGUGUAUUGUUGACAAAUUACAUAAAAAUUACCUUUACUACCACUACUAAUUGUACUUCUAAACGAUUAUAUUGCUGUAGGUACACAUCGCAGUUUACUCAUUGUGUAGUUCAUUACUUACUCUGUGCUCAUUGUAUGAAAAAUUAAUUUUACUCCCAUAUAUUAAAAGUGAUCAGUCGGUAAAGCUAUGGAAACUAAUGAGGACAAUGUAUCAAACUUGAGCACAUUAAAGGAGAUCAUUCUGGAUGAAGGAAAGUUAGUCACAUAUAUAUCUUUGAGUAAGGACCUUUGCAUUCAUAUUAAUAGCAGCAAAUCGUUACUUAAGGUUUUUAUUGAAACAAUUCGAAAAAAUGACCCAAAACAAGAGUUAAGUGUUAGUUAUUUGAUAUCAGGAUUAAUCGAUGACAAUAAAGCUAAAGUUUCCGUUUGUCCAGCAAAUGAGUUAGAAAACAUAAAGAAGACAUUCAAAAUAAUAUUUUUUCAACAUGUAUACAGUGUUUGUAAAGGAACAUCACAUGUCGAUUCUGCUGCUUAUGUAUCUCUCAAUAAAUAUGAUGAUUUUAAUUUAUGUUCUGGUGUAAUUAAAAAUAGCAAUUGUAUGAAAAGAUCCUUUGAGGAAAUUACUAGUCUUAAAAGUAAUAGUCAAGAAGUUUUAGUUGACAAAAAACCUAUUUUAUUGCAAAAGAAAAAUAUUAAAGAGGCACUACCUAAAGCUGCUAGUGUAAAUAAUGUUGAUAAAACUAUAAAAACUGAAUCAAAUCAUAAGGAAAUUAAGAAAGAAAUUUUAUCUCCUCAAAAAGAAAACAUUAAUAAACAAAAUGUAAGCAAAGCCUCAGCUCAAAAAGGAAUUGCAGGAUUUUUUAAUAAGCAAAACAGUAGUAAUAAAAAUAAAGAAUUAAAACCAUCUGUAAAAGAACAAUCAACUAUCAUUAAAGAAGAAAGCAACGUUAUUGAGGAAAUGGAAACAGACGAAGUGGAAGUUGUAACUCAAGUUAAGGCUGAGGUGAAGAAAGAAAAACAAUUUAAUGGAAACAAUAAAGUUUUGAAUCAAAUAAAGAAAAAUUCUAAAGUUGAUAAGAAACGAAAAAGAGUUCUGAGGGUUUCAGACAGCGAAAGUGAAGAUGAGGAUGAUCCUUUUGAAAAGGAAGAUAAAACUAAUGAAAAAAUUGAUUCAGAUGAUGAAAUACCUCCAACACCGACUGUGAAUAACUUAAAGAUUACCACUGGGAUUGUCAACCCUAGGAAAAAGCGAAAGGUUGUUGAUAAAACCUACAUGAGUGAUGAUGGUUACAUAGUUACCAAACGUGAAGAAGUGUAUGAAAGUUGUUCAGAUAAUGAAGAUCAUGAAGAAAAGCAACCAGUCAAAGAUUCUUUAAAACAGGAAGAAAAUCCUUCUGUAAAGCAGGGAAAAAUUGAAAUAUCACCAAAAAUUAAAUCUAGUGACACAAAAGUUUCUAAGAAAAAAAUCUCACCUCCUCAAAAGGGGAAACAAGCCACAUUAAUGAAUUUCUUUAAAAAAAAAUAAGGAACUGAUUAAAUGUGUAAAAAAUGCCUAUUUCUGUUUUAUAAAAUUUGUCAUGUUAAAAUAAUGUUAAUACUUCAAGUUAAAAUCAAGUUUAGUGAGUUGCAUAUACUGUACCAAACAUUUUUUAAAUAUGUAAAUUAUUUGUUUCCAAUCAUGAAUGAUAUUACAGAAUAUGAACAUUUAUAACUCCAACAAUAUAUUUUAAUCUCAAUCAUAGGGAA